AUGGGUGGAGAGGAUUUCUUGCAGAGCUUCAUAAACCACGAGAAGAAAGGAGUGCCUGCUGGAGCUGGUAAAGAUGAUAAGGGAGGGUUUGAUAUGGGCCGUAUGCACCGCCUUCUACACGCCAUUGGGGAUCCACACCACGAAUUGAAAGUGGUGCACGUGGCCGGCACAAAGGGAAAGGGCUCCACAACUGCGAUGCUGGCGUCUGUUUUGCAGGCAGCGCAGUACAGUGUGGGCACAUACACCAGUCCUCAUGUGACCACCCUACGGGAGCGCAUCUCCAUCGAUGGCAAGGCCAUCUCAGAGGCGUCCUUUGAUGGGCUCAUCAGCAAAUUGGAGGCUGGUCUGGUCAGAGCACGGGAUGAGGAAGGGUCUGCUCUGUCACACUUUGAGGUCAUGACAGCCCUCGCCUUCAAGUAUUUUCAAAAUCAGCAGGUUGACAUUGCCAUAGUAGAGGCUGGCCUUGGAGGGGCACGUGACGCAACAAAUGUCUUCUCAUCUGACACUCUGAAGCUGGCCAUUAUCACUGCCAUUGGCCUUGAACACCAGAAAGCUCUGGGGGACAGCAUUCAGGAGAUAGCAUCCGCCAAAGCAGGCAUCAUGAAGCAGGGGCGGCCAGUAGUCAUUGCGCGGCAGCCAGAAGCAGAAGCGCUCCAGGAGCUCCAGAGAGCUGCAGCAGAGAAGGAGUGUGAGAUUGUGCAGGCGUCAGAUGUGGUGAACCUCGUGUUCAAGGGUCUUGAUGAUGUGGAGGGGCAGAGGCGACAGAGGGCUUCGAUGAGCUUUUCUGCAGAAAUAUCCGGAGAAUUGACAGAUGCACAGGUAGACUUGCAGCUCAUGGGGUCCCAUCAGCUAGACAAUGCAGCAACAGCAGUGGCGGCUGCUCGCUGCUUACAGCAAGAUGGCUUUCCGGACAUAAGCGCUGAUUCCAUAGUGAAGGGAUUGUCCGCAGCAACCCUGCCUGGGCGCUUCCAGGUGGUGCGGCUCCCAAGCACUUCAGAGCAGGAGCCUCCAUGGCUUGUCCUAGAUGGUGCACACACCCCUGCAUCCGCUGGGGCGCUGGUGAAGACCCUGGCUCAGGUCUUCCCUGAUCAGCCGCUGGCAUUUGUGGUCGGCAUGGCAGAUGACAAGGACCACAGGGGCUUCUUGGCCCAACUGAGGGAAGCAGGCCCCAAAGCUGUCGUCUUCACUUCAGUCCCAAUAGCGGGCGCACAGCAACGGAGUGCCGCUCCUGGAAUGUUGGCGGCAAACUGGCAAGCAGUGGGCAUGCAGCUUAGACGGCCUCAGCGGUGCAGAGAACUGAUUAAGGCAUCUCUGGCGUCUGCUGUGGAGGCAGCGAGGAGGGAGCUGAUGGCGACAAGGCAGCAAGGAGCUGGUGUUGUGUGUGUCUGUGGUUCACUGCAUGCAGUUUCUGAGGCAUUGUGUACACUUCCCUUUGAAGGAUGAAAAGCGUGCUGGCUACCAACCUUGUAAAGAGCAAGCUCUGAAGACC